UUCCAAAUAUUUUUCUUCAUUCUAUAGAAGGCACAUAACAAAUACAAAAAAAAAAAAAAGGGUUUUGGAACCCCAAUUCAAACAUUUCUCUAACCUAGCAACUGUGGUAUCAGUGAAUUGAAGCCAUCACCAAAGCUCAGGUCGACCAUGGAUUAUCAGCAGAAGCAAUCACCACCGUUCAACGAUUCAGAGGUUAGCAGAAAGUAUAUUCACGAUGAUCUUGCUUUCUACGUUCUUUCGAAACUGCCCAUAAAAUCAUUGAAACGCUUUGGAUGCGUACGCAAAUCAUGGUCCGCUUUAUUUGAAAACUCUCAUUUCAUGGCCUUGUUUCGAAACCAUUUCUUAUCUCAUAACAAUUGUGAUGAUGAUUAUCAACCAUUUCUCCUCAUAUAUCUACGUGACCAUGCUAAUCAUGAAUACGCUGAAUUGCGUUUGCUCGAUAGUAGAAUCAAAUUAAAUUUGCCACCUCCAUUACAACAGGGUGACCAUGUAAUUAGUAUUUUGGGAAAAACAAGUGUUAACGGUGUUUUUUGUAUUGCACAAACUCAUCCAGGGACGGAUGAUAUAAAUAAGGUCAGCUAUGUUUUGUGGAACCCGGCUACCGAUGAAUUCCUUGUCAUUCCUCAUAGCCCAGAUGAGCUUGUACCACAACACCCUCUCCUUUGGGUGAAUCAUGAAUUUCAUGGGUUUGGUUAUGACCAACUAAGAGAUGACUUUAAGCUCAUUCAGUAUGUAUCUUUUGAUAGCUCAAGUUGUGAUGGCUAUGACUAUGACAUUGAUUCUCCUCCACCUCAAGGUAUGCUGUAUGACCCUUUUUUUGAGAUAUAUAGUCUAAGAAACAAUUCUUGGAAGAUACUCCACAUGGACGAUAUGUCUCCGUGGUAUAUUGGUAAUGCAUUUACUGGUGUCGAAUUGUACACGGAUGGUGCAUGUCAUUGGUUGCUUCAGGGUAAUCAACAUGAAAUGGUUCUCAUGUCAUUUGACCUGAGUGAUCAAGUGUUCUUUACAACACCCAUUGGUGAAAGAACUGAGUUGGAUUAUGGAUACUUGGCGGUGUUAAAUGGAUCAGUUGCUUUUAUCAUAAAUCAUGACAACGAUAAUAUUUUUCACAUAUCUAUUCUAGGUGAACUCGGUGUGAAGGAAUCAUGGAUCAAACUAUUUAUUUGUGGCCCCAUGCCUUCCAUCGAGGGGCAUCCAAUUGGAUUUGGGAAGAGGGGAUAUAUUUUCUUUAGAAAACUAGAUGACGAACUAGUACGGGUUGAUUUGAGCACCGGAAUCAUGGAGGAGCUUGGUGUUAAAGGAGAGGAUUAUUGUUGUACAAUCGGACAUUACCAGGAAAGCCUUCUCCCGAUUCGAGGAUCAUGAAGUAACUAGUUUUUUUUUCUUCAUAUUGUUUUCACCCGGAGGUUAUUAGAAUUUUAUCUUACAAAGUGAUUUGUCAACUUCACAAUUCAUAGUUGUUAUACCAUGUAGUUGACAAUUUAAGAAGAUACUUGGUGAUAUGGAUCUUGUUUUAUCAAUUUAAUUUUGAACGUUUACUCUUUUUUAAUUUGCAAACAGAUUAUGUUUCUAUUUCAUUUGUAAUAAUGCUAUGUUUUCUUUAAUGAAUGUGCUCCAAUUUUUGAA